AUGGCCGAACCUUUUCAGGACUUUGCGGCCGAGCGGCCGAUGCGCAAGAAAUUUGCCAAACCCCCGGUCAAAGUAGCUUGUUUGCCCUGGUGCGCCUUCCUCGAUCUUUUCGUGGCGUCCCCCGCUAAUCUCCUGCUAGUCGCGCUUCGAGAACUCGAUGUGGCGGGCAAGAGCCCUGUUCCAACGUACUGUAUCUCCAAAGGCCGAAAGUGCUCGUACUUGCCCAGCAAACGAGGUGGGCCUCGUAAGAAGAAGCAGAAGGCAUCGCCGUCGCCCGAGGACUCGCCGGAGGACGCCCAGUAUGCCGUUGUGCCCGAGUUUGAAGAGCCGGCUGGCAUGUUCAGCCAGAUCGAUGUGCUCUCUGCACCAGGUGCCGGUUUACGCCAUCUGGAUUUCACAAUGCCUUCCAUGUUCCAGUCCUACUUGGGUGACGAGAACCCGUCUUCGGUUCAGAUGGAACCCGGGCCUUCAUCCUUGAAUACACAGCAGUGCUUCGUGAGAACUUAUGGAAGCGAGGCGGAGAUUCUCAAUGCCUACUACGACUUUAUUCAUUCAUACUUUCCCCUUUUACCGCCACGAACAUCACCUCCGUGUCGAGAUCGCCCACUGCACUGCCCGAUCUCAUGUUCCAACCCGUCCGCGGAACCCUUGAUGAUGUACCGACCUCGUUCGCCUUUGAGUCUCGCGGUGGCCGCUGUGCUAGCGCUGAUUCCGCAUCCCGCUGACACCGAGCCGACAUCCCCAAUGUCCAUCUUACAGCGAAGGACGUACGCGCAUGCGUUUGCGCAGCUGGCUAAUUCCAUCAUCGAGGCGGAAUGCGAUCUUGAGCUGUCAACGACCGAUCCCGGUCAGGCAUUAUCAAACCCGCGACCUCCGAUCAGCCGGGACAGACUUCAUGCUCGGGUUCCAGAGGAUCUGGAGACUCUUCUUGCUUUACUAAUUCUUUCGGUAUACGAGUAUGCUCAGCGAGGCAACCUGCUCAAGAUGAGAUAUCGUGCCGGCCAAGCCUUGGCUCUAGCUCUGGACAAAUCGCUUCAUGCGCACGUGGAGGAGAAUGAAUUCUCCGAAGCCCGACGAAGAGCAUGGUGGAUGACGUACUAUUGCGUUUUACAAGGCUCAAUCGUGAGCACAACUCCGCCCACGAUUGUUAUUAAUGACCCUCAAUUCACAACACCAUACCCACACUUUUCUUCAGAUUCGGAGGGCUGGUCUGUUUUAAUACAAGCUCAGCAAGUUUUGGUAUCAGCAACGCAGUUCAUCGAUGAUCUGAACAAGUCCCUCUCGUCGCAAUCGGGUAUGCAAUACAUGUACGGACGAAUGCAACAGCUCGACUCCUGGACCAACGCCGUGCUCGCGCAGGCAGAAGUUCUCCCCAUCGCCUCGCUUGACACCGACUUUGGCGACCAACACGAAACCAUCACCGCCCUUUGUAUACGUUCAAUUUCCCGCAUCAAAUUGUCCAGUGCACAAAUCAAAAUACACCGCUUUAGAGCAUUUAGCGACAUCCCCCUUUUCAUUAAAAGACACUGCGACCUAACAGCCGCAAACCCAAACCACCCCCCAAUCGACCUCAACAAACUCUCCAUCUCAGGAUCAGGAAUCCACAAUGUCUCCUGUCCAUGCAGUAACCUCAACCCAUUUCAACGCUCCGCCUCCACCGAAUACAUGACCCCAUCCGACUCCUCCACCACCUCGGACACCCACCCCUACAUCCCACAGUACCCCUUCGCAUCCGGAUUCCCAUACAGCUCGCAGCACUCUGCGAAAAUCUGUUUCAACGCUGCAAUCGUCAUUUCCCGCGUGUUCGAAACUCUGCCAUACCCGCACCCGCUUUAUAGCAAUCAGGAGCAGCACCAAAGUCGUCCGCUACCUCGGACUAUGCCUUCAUUUGCAUGCUGUCUAAUGCAGAGUAGUUACGCGAUGUUCAUGAUUUUUUACAAAGCCCGCGUGGCGAAGCAAUUCUCACUCGACUGGGAGAACGAUCUUACGGGCGACUCAAUAGACCGGCUCUUUGGGGAGAUACGUCAGGGACUGCAGCGGAUUAUCGGGGUGCUGUCGAACUACUCGCUUGCUUUUGAGGCGUUGGAUGGGAUGAGAGAUGAAAUCCAAGGUGCAUUUCACGCGGCGUUCCCCGCAUCUGUUUAA